AUGCCUAAGCAAAGUCCAGUGGCCGUCGGGAUCGACCUCGGGACCACCUACUCCUGCGUGGCCGUCUGCCAGCACGGCAAAGUGGAGAUCAUCGCCAACGACCAGGGGCACCGGACGAUGCCCAGCUACGUGGCGUUCACCCAGACCGAGCACCUGGUGGGGGACCCGGCCAAGAGCCAGGCCUCCCUCAAUCCCCAGAACACCGUCUUUGACGCCAAGCGGCUGCUCGGCAGGAAGUACGAGGAUGCGACGGUGCAGGAGGACAUGAAGCACUGGCCUUUCGGGGUGGUCAACCAGGAAGGGAAGCUCAAGGUUCAGGUCUCCCACAAAGGCAAGCAGCGGGCCUUCUACCCGGAAGAGAUCUCGGCCAUGGUGCUGGCCAAGAUGAAGCAGACGGCCGAGUCCUACCUAGGCUGCUCGGUCUCCCAAGCCGUCGUCACGGUGCCGGCCUACUUCAACGACGCCCAGCGCCAGGCCACCAUAGACGCCGGGGCCAUCGCCAGCCUCCAGAUCCUGAAGAUCCUCAAUGAACCAACGGCAGCGGCCAUCGCCUAUGGCCUGAACACCAAGAGCCCCGAGGGCAGGAGCCGCAACAUCCUCAUCUUUGACCUGGGCGGGGGCACUUUCGACGUCUCCGUUCUCUCCGCCGAGGACGGCAUCUUUGAAGUGAAGGCCACCGCUGGAGACACUCACCUGGGCGGGGAGGACUUCGACAAGAGGCUUGUGGAUUAUCUCGUGGAGGAGUUCAAGAAGAAGCACAAGGUGGACCUUCUCCAGGACAAGAAGGCCAUGCAGAGGCUGAAGAUGGCCUGCGAGCAGGCCAAGUGCACCUUAAGCUCCUGCUCCAGCGCGAGCAUCUCCGUCGACUCCCUCUACCAAGGGAUAGACUUCCACACCACCAUCACCAGGGCACGUUUCGAGGACCUCUGCUCUGACCUCUUCCGGGCCACCCUGAAACCCUUGGAGAGGGCCCUGAAGGACGCCAAGAUGAAGAAGGGCGACAUCAAGGACAUCGUGUUGAUUGGCGGCUCGACUCGGAUCCCGAGGAUCCAGAAGCUCCUGAGGGACUAUUUCCAUGGCAAGGAGCUGUGCAAGGGCAUCAACCCCGACGAGGCCGUCGCCUGCGGUGCUGCCAUCCAGGCGGCCAUCUUGACGGGCAACCAGACGCCAAACAUGCAGAACAUGUUCCUCCUCGACGUCACCCCGCUGUCUUUGGGGAUCAACACUCAAGGGGGAGUCAUGGCGACCAUAAUAAAGCGCAAUUCCCCACUCCCCACCAAGGAAAGCAUGGAGUUCACCACCACCGAGGACGACCAAGACACCAUCUUGUUCAUGGUGUACGAGGGGGAGAGAGCGCUGACCAAGCACAACCACCUGCUGGGGACGUUCACCCUGAAAGGCAUCCCUCCCGCCCCCUGUGGGGUCCCCGUCAUCACCGUGACCUUUUCCAUCGACGAAAACAACAUCCUGACCGUGUCGGCCAAGGACGUGGAGACCGGGAACACCAGCCACCUCACCAUUUCGGACACCAGGGGCCGGCUCGGCCGCGAGGAGAUCGAAGGAAUCGUGCAGAAGGCGGAGGAGUUCCGAGCGCACGACUUGUCCCAGCAGGAGAAGAUCGAAGCCAUUAAUUCCCUGGAGUCUUGUACCCUGGAGCUGAAGAGGGCGGCGGAAGAAGAAGUCCUGGACGUGGCGGCCAAAAGGAGGAUGCUGGAGCUGUGCAAGAGCACCGCCUCCUGGCUGGAGGGCAACCCCUUGGUGGAGAAGGAGGAGUGCGAGCAGCGGCAGCGGAACCUCGAGGAGACGUGGGAGUCGAUCUGUGGCGCUCUGGUCCCCGGUGAGAGGGCAGCAGAAGGGGCGCCUGGAGGAGACCAGGCAGACGCUGGCGGGGAAGACCCCUCGGAGGAAAUGGAGUGA